AUGUUGCCCCGAAUCCUGGCCAUCGUCGGCCUCGUCGGUCUACAGCUGGCCGCUCAAGACGCGAUACGAAGCGAUGCUGGCAUUUAUCUGCGUCUCAACCAGCGAGCCGUCGACUAUAUUGGCAAUUUGACGGCGGAAGCGAUGCCCCAGAUCCUGGAACAUAUGAUGCUGCCCACACAAGUCACCAGCAGGGCGACCAUCAGUCAAAUUAUCAUCGAGCAGUUCGACAAGCCAACCAUUCACGCCCGUUUCGUUGCCAACAAAGGCGUCACAUCACAAAUCACACUUCCCUAUGUGCUAGUUGGAGCACGAGCCAAGGCAGUGGUGCUCUUCUUUGAGAUUGACGAAACCUUCCACAUUGAGCUGCAAAAUCUGACUAUCAAAAUGGACGUCCACUUUGGGCGAAACGCGACGAGCAACCGAAACACUGUCGAGAUUCCGGUGUGCAACGUGAGCACAGCAGUCCUACGUGGCAUCUUCCAGAAGGACUCACAGCUCAGCGCAUUCGAGAAUAUGAUCCAGGACCAGGUGACGUCGGCGCUACAGGCCCAGGUGUGCGGAACGACACUGGAGGCCAUCAAGUACGUGGACGAGCAGGAGAUACAGACUGACGUCGUUCUGGGGGUGGAUGGGGGAAUUCUGCUGAACGGCCAAGCCGCGGAAGACAUUCCGAAGCCACAUAAGCUCGACACGACACUCUUGGACAAAAAGAUGAUUGGCAUCUUGCUAGCAGAUUAUAUUCCGAACACGAUGUUGUCUCAUCUGUUCGACGGUGGACUCGGAGAUUAUUCGUCAAAAGUCUACAUGGACCAGCUGCCAAAGUUCGCGCGGGGAGCGGCAAAGCUUUUCUGCUCAAAGUGCUAUCUGGAAGUUAAUUCCAAUUUGACAAGCAAGCCCCGAAUGGAGAUCAGUGAGCGGCUUGGUGGCCGCGUCGAGGUGUCUGGCAACGUGAGCGUUCAAUUCCACGGGCCGAAGCGCAGCUACGAUUGUAUACAUGCAGAUGCCACGCUUCAUGUUACGGUCAAGCCGACCAUCAGACACAGCCGCCUUUAUGGAGAUGUUUCGCUCACAAAUGUCGACGUGAAUGUGAAAGAUAUCGGGGUCGGCGGCGUACUAGCUUUCCCGCUCGAGAAAAUCGCCAACUUCCUGGUGCCCAGAGCCCUCUGGCCGCAAGUCAAAAAACGCCUGCGAUUCGUGCUAAACAAACGAGGGAUGUCCUUAAUA